UAGAGCUGAGGUAUACAUGAGGCUGCUGUGAUCAGCACAUCACCAGCACAACCUCUCUGACUCCACCUGAAAAGGCGAGACAGUUUCAUCAUCAGAGUCACUGCUGCCAACACAAACGAAGAAGACAUGCUGCCAAUCCGAGCUGUGGUGGUGAUCGCACUUACUGUUUGUCUGACUGCAAACACAUCAGCAGCUUAUCGUUACUGCUGUCGAAGGUACAUGACAGGCAGAUUACCAUGUUCAGCCAUCGAGGGGUACUCAGUCCAGACUGUCACAGAGAUGUGUCCCAUCAAUGCCAUCAUUUUCUACACAAAGAAGGGGAAAGCAUGCGCCAAUCCAGCUCUGAGAUGGGUGAUGAACUGUGUCGAUCGCAUAAGGAAUAGAGCGCAGAGGAUCCACCAGCUCAGCAGCCUGUGAUUCCUCACUGUUUUAUAGUGAACGGCGUCUUAUGGAGCCUGCUGCAAAUGACAAAUAUGCUGCAGAUAUCAACUCAGUUUUAAGAGCUUGUGUAAUAUUAAAUGUUUGUAUUCAUUGUAAAUAUAAGAGUUGUCCAUGAAUUAAGCUGUGGUGAGAAAGAGUAACCAGUUCCAUGAGUGGUUGUGUGGUUUCAGGGAAACAUUGAGUACCUGUUCAGGUCUAAAACCACUUCUGCUUGUGUGCUGUUGAAUUUGUCCACAUUAACACGUGACACUGCAUGCCUCCUUUUAUCUUAGUUCUUUGUUUAUCUUCUCACGCUGAAAGAUUCCAGCUCUGAAAGUUCUCACUGUGAGAAGUUUUCUGGAAGUUCUGUGCCACGUGAUAAAAAACCCAGGAAGUCGUUAAACAUUAAUAGGUGAAUUUCCAGUAACAUAAGCAGAAAGACAAUGUGGGAUCUGUUUCUUUAAAGAACGUUGCAGAGCAGGUAUUUCUUUGUUGACAGUUAGAUGAGAAAUCUGCCCUGAUUUUAAUCUGUAGCUUUUCUGUGGUUAAGCUAGUUUGACCUUUGACUUAGUAUAAUACCUCGUUACACAUUACCUGCAUUCAUUUUGUGUUUAAUCUCAUUGUAUUAUAUUCUGAUUUAUGAAGAUCUUCAUUUUUUGUAUUUUCCAUUUAAUUUUCUGCUUAAACACAGUCAUUUCCCAGCUGUUGGCAUAAAUAAAGUAU